GCGGGCAAGCGGGCGGGCUGCGGGAAGAAGGAGAGGGAGGAGAAGGCGAGGCGGCGGCCGGAGUUCCCCCAACAGCUGGAGGUGGCCGCUCGCUCCAAGUUGUUGUGUCGGCCGCGGCUCCUCCUCUUUCUGCUCCUCUUGCUCGCUUCCCCUCAGCAGCAGCAGCCGCCGCCUCCUCCUCUUCUCGCUCCUCCUUAUUGACAAAUACACAAAGGGCCGCAGCCGCCGGGCUGGAGACGCGUCUGGAGCCGGCAUGGGAGACAAGAAGAGCCCCACAAGGCCGAAGCGGCAGCCGAAACCCUCCUCCGACGAGGGCUACUGGGACUGCAGCGUCUGCACCUUCCGCAACAGCGCCGAGGCCUUCAAGUGCAUGAUGUGCGAUGUGAGGAAGGGCACCUCCACCCGACAGAGAUUGGAGAAAACAUACCCUUUUGUAAGGAAACCUCGACCUGUUUCUCAGCUGGUUGCGCAGCAGGUUACCCAGCAGUUUGUGCCCCCGACACAGUCAAAGAAAGAGAAAAAAGACAAAGUAGAAAAGGAAAAAAAUGAAAAGGAAACUGCUAGCAAAAAGAACAGUCAUAAGAAAACCAGGCCCAGGUUGAAAAACGUGGAUCGAAGUAGUGCCCAACACUUGGAAGUUACUGUUGGUGAUCUGACAGUCAUUAUUACAGACUUUAAAGAAAAAACUAAGUCACCCCCUGCUUCCAGUGCAGCUUCUGCAGAUCAGCACAGUCAGAGCGGUUCUAGUUCUGACAAUACAGAGAGAGGAAUGUCCAGGUCGUCUUCACCUAGAGGAGAAGCCUCGUCGUUGAAUGGAGAAUCUCAUUAAAGUUUAUUUACUCCUGUUCCUUUAGUCUUUCCUCUCCAAAAUUUGCAAAUAUACACAACUUCUGCCAACAGUUACCACAUUUUCAUGACUUGUUACCCACCAUGCACGAUUUGUAUGUUUACUCAAAUAUGAUUUAUGCCGUUUUAUACAAGUAAAGUGCGGCAGUGAAAUUAAAUUUCAUUGCCAUAUAAAAACAUUUUCAGAUCAACUUUUUAAUCUUCAUAUACAAAGGUGCCAUGAAAAUGUGGUUUGAAUGUUCUUGAUGCAGUGUUACUGGUAAGUCAAUUUUCACCUUAUUUUAGUGAAUUCUAACACAGCUCUUGGAUUCUAUACUAUUGGCAUGUACUGAAUUAAAUUUUUAUAACAUAGUUCAAGCUGCCUAAAUAUGUAUUAUUUGAGAAUUGUGAAACAUAGUUAUAUGUAUGCAAGUCAAAGAUCAACUUAAUCAAUUAUUGCUGCAAAAGACUUUUCGUAAUGAUUAUCUUUAAAACACCUGCUGGUACUUGGUGUGGUUGAAUAGGAAAAAUGUUAUUAAAUAAAAUGUUUGUAUGAAUUUUUGCCAAUGUCUGACACAUUUUACUAGAUUACUGUUACCAGUUAUGUUGCUGGCUUCUCUGAUAUCUUUCUCACACAUUUAGAACAUUUAUUGUAAUUGUUACAAGCAAAAAACAGAGUAAAUUGUUACAAGCAUUAACUGUUCUAGCUUUAUAAUUCAAGUAUAGUACUACCUUGUCCUUAUACACUGGUAAUCAAUGUUAAGGAACAUUAAUUUGUUCUCAAGGUAUUAGCCAUUUUCUGUUUUAUUUUCUUUUAUAAUCUAGAUUUUAAUACCUAACUACUGUCAAUCCCUUGAAACCCAAAAGUGAUACUGUUCUCAUUAGGCCCAAAUGAUCUUUCCUUCUCCCAGAGUAGCUCAGUGUUAAAGUGUUAUAUCAGUUCAGCUAAAGGCUGGGAUCCAAAGAGGCUCUUCAAUUUGUAAAAGAGUUUUAAUGCAGGCUUGUGGUUUUCCUUUUCUUCUUCAGUCACGUCUUUUUGCACUGUGUCAAAGACCAUUCCCAAAGAUCUCUUGAGUCUUGGAAGUGGGCAGUGCAGAAGACUGGAGCUGGAAGAGGUAAGCCUUGGAAGCGGUGUGUGUGUGUGUAUUUGCGUGUGAGUGGAAAUUCCCUGUGCAGCCUUUUGGAUCCAGGCCAGUUAUAUUAAUUGUUGCACCAGAGUGAAUAAAUAAGUAGUGUGUAUAUAUAUAUAUAUAUAUAACAUUUGCUCCUAUAUCAACCUUUUCUUUUUAAAAAAGAUCCUUUAUUAAAUAUUAUAGAACAAAUCAUAGGAAAAAUGCAGUUCUUUCUUUUUCGAUAUAGCUGUGAACAUUUAUGCAUUUUAGCAAUAUAUAGAUACAGAACAAAAACAUUUACAGUCCCCUUCAGUAUUAUAUAAACUUUCCAAUAAAAUAUUUUUAUGAGUAUAGGUUUUGCAGUUUUGUUUACAAUCAGUUUAAAUGUAUAAGUUAAGCAACAGUUCUUUCAUUAGAACUAUAAUAAGAAAUACAAUGGAAGGGAAGAUGGUUUAUAGCACUAAAAGUGUUUUCUUACUUAAGCGUGCCAAUCAAGGAUGCUCACAGCUCUGAAUGUACAUUCAAUCCUGAAAUGACUCUGUAGCUUGGUCUGCUGUCCUAACCAUCCAGAAACCAUUUAUUAUAAUUGACAGCACAAUCCUAUGCAUGCUUACUCAAAAAUUUGGUUCAGUGAUACUUUCAACAAAGUAAAUUGUAUAGGACUGCAGUCUGCUAUUGAUGCUACAUCCUUUAUAAGAGUAUGAGCCCCAUGGUGCUUAUGAAUUGACUUUUAAGUAAAUGUACUUAAAAUCAAAAUACCACUGUUAUUAUUUGCAUCAAUCAUUAGAACAUUCUAUUUCAUUCUUCUCUAAAUUUGUUAUGUCUUCCUGUUGCUCCAUUAUUUGCUCCUACCAGCAUUUUAUACCUUCAGAUACCAUCACGAAUAGACCAAAUCCAUGAAGAUACAGGCUGACUCAACAAAGAUGGCUCCUUUUACUGUAGGGUCAUCAGCAGAUAGAAGCCUGGAAGAACAAAAGAAUAUAUCUAGUUAAAUUAUAUAUUGAGAGUAUAUCCUGUUGAAGUCAGUCGAAUUUAAACACAUAGACUUGGGCUGUUAAACCUAUAUAUUUACAUUGUUCAUCUGGUUACUGACGGAAGAAUCACCACAUCCUAGCAAGGAAUUCACUUUUUCUCACAGAAAGUAUUUAUUUUGUGAACCAGUAUAAAACAACAGGAUGGGAAUUUUGGUAAUAAGUUUAACCUAAACAUAUUAAAUAUAACAGAUCUUCAUCUAGAAUAAUGGAAUUUUGUAGCCCCUGACAGUUGUGAUGUUUGCUGAUUUAUUGUAGUAAUGUAUUUUUUCUGUUUUAAACUGCAGUACUUCUACAGGCACAAUGGUACUGUCUAUUUUGUACAAUGUUAGUUGUAAAAUACACUUAGUUGCAUAAAAUGAGUCUGAUGUGAUAUCUAAAA